AUGCAGACAUUAAUUUUGUGGUCACUAUUGGGAUUGCUUGUGACCAAAGUCAGUGCUGCUACUACCACUAUUUCAACACCAACAACCUUGUCUGGUGAUCAAACGUUUUCUGAUGAUAUCGUAAUUGAAUCAGGUGCUACUCUUGCAUUAGUAUCUGGUUCUUCAUAUUCUUUCAAUGGCAAUAUUGACGUUAAAGGUUCUUUAGAUAUUAUCGGUGAUUCAACAAACGGGUUAACUAGUCUACAAUUUGGUUCUACUACAACAAUUACAAACAGUGGUAAUAUCAACAUCGAAAAUAUUAAAUCAGCAGGUUCUGCUAGUGAUUUUGUUAUUGCACCUGCAAGUAUAAAUAACUCUGGUACAUUUACUGUCUCACAAUUAAAUGCUGCUGCUACUGUGCCAGGUACUAAUUUUACUAUAGCUCCAACUGGUUCCUUUAUUAACACAGGUACUAUUGAUUUUGACACAGCUGGUAAAGGUGGUACCACAAAUGGGUUCCUUUACCUUGGUACCAUGACAAAUAAUGGCGUCAUCAAAUCUGGUGGGUUUUCGGACUUGAUAUCUGACCCAUUCUUUUUUACUCGUAGUAGAUACAAGAUGAAAGGUAUUGUCUUCAAUAAUCCUAUAGAAGGUGAAGGUGAAGUCACCGGUACUAAGGGAGCUGUAAUUGUUCUUAACAAGAGUGAUAUUGGAGAGCAAACUUUCAGUGUUCAUGAGGGUAUGUAUAUUCUAAAUCCAAAAGUUGUACCAAGUUCGUUUAAAGUUGUGAAUUUUAUUGGAUCAGAGUUUGUUUUCUUAGGUGUAAAGUAUGAAGAAUGGAGGACUGAGAAUUUUGGCACGAUUAAUGGUCCACACUUUAAUGUUGGAAUAGAUGGUCACCAUUACUGGUUCAACACAACCUGUCCAGUCAGGGAAACCGACUGUUUUGAAACUGAUAUUGAUGUUACGCCAUAUAAAGCGCCUUAUCGAUUUUAUGGUGCAAUUUUACACAUAAACAAUAUAAUAGAACAGAAAUGUCCAUUUUCUGAUCCAAUUACAAAGACAACAGUUACUACUAUGAAUUCUGUUAGUGAACCUACAACUUUUUCAACCAUAACAACAUCCAUAGUUAAUGAGUAUAAAUAUACCGUACCUGAAAUUAUCUAUUAUGUUGCUGUACCUCCAUUAUCUACCACCUAUACAACCAUAACUACGUUGAUCUCCAAUCCUAUCACAUCAACAUACACCACAACCAUUAAUAAUACAGUUGGGUUUACCACUCAAGAAGUUGUUGUUGUUGUGAUCACCCCAUCACCAUCGACCUCCUACACUACUACUACUGCAGAUAUUUCUGCCCCAACAACAUCUACUUACACUACUACAGUUGUUGAUAGCAAUGGUUCUUCCUCUCCAGAAGCUGUUGUGGUGGUGAUUACUCCAUCUCCAUCUACCACCUACACUACUACUACUGCAGAUAUUUCUGCUCCAACUACAACCACCUACACAACCACUGUCACUGAUAGCAACGGCUCUUCAUCUCCAGAGGUUGUUGUUGUAGUUAUUACUUCUGCUCCAUCUACCACCUACACCACUACCACAGGUCCAGUUUCUGCCCCAACCACAUCUACCUUCACCACCACUGUUACUGAUAGCAAUGGCUCUUCCUCUCCAGAGGUUGUUGUUGUUGUGAUCACUCCAGCUCCAUCUACCUUCUAUACGACCACUACUGGGGAUGUCUCUGCCUUGACCACAUCUACCUUCACCACCACUAUUACUAACAGCAAUGGCUCUUCCUCUCCAGAGGUUGUUGUUGUUGUGAUCACUCCAGCUCCAUCUACCUUCUAUACGACCACUACUGGGGAUGUCUCUGCCUUGACCACAUCUACCUUCACCACCACUAUUACUAACAGCAAUGGCUCUUCCUCUCCAGAGGUUGUUGUUGUUGUAAUCACCCCAUCUCCAAGUGGCCCAACUAUCUACACCACUACUACUGCGGAUGUUUCUGCUCCAACUACAACCACCUACACAACCACUGUUACUGAUAGCAAUGGCUCUUCCUCUCCAGAGGUUGUUGUUGUUGUGAUCACUCCAGCUCCAUCUACCUUCUAUACGACCACUACUGGGGAUGUCUCUGCCUUGACCACAUCUACCUUCACCACCACUAUUACUAACAGCAAUGGCUCUUCCUCUCCAGAGGUUGUUGUUGUUGUAAUCACCCCAUCUCCAAGUGGCCCAACUAUCUACACCACUACUACUGCGGAUGUUUCUGCUCCAACUACAACCACCUACACAACCACUGUUACUGAUAGCAAUGGCUCUUCCUCUCCAGAGGUUGUUGUUGUUGUGAUCACCCCAUCUCCAAGUGGCCCAACUAUCUACACCACUACUACUGCGGAUGUUUCUGCUCCAACUACAACCACCUACACAACCACUGUUACUGAUAGCAAUGGCUCUUCCUCUCCAGAGGUUGUUGUUGUUGUGAUCACUCCAGCUCCAUCUACCUUCUAUACGACCACUACUGGGGAUGUCUCUGCCUUGACCACAUCUACCUUCACCACCACUAUUACUAACAGCAAUGGCUCUUCCUCUCCAGAGGUUGUUGUUGUUGUGAUCACUCCAGCUCCAUCUACCUUAUCCACUACUACCACUGGUGCAGUCACUGUCCCAAUCACAUCUACCUACACAACUGUAGUCACUGACAGUAAUGGCUCUUCCUCUACUGAAGUUGUUGUUGUUAUAAUCACACCAUCUCCAUUUAGUAGCUUUAUGACAUCACCAAUUUCUGUACCAUCUCCUCUCUAUGGAAACUCCACUAUAUCUGGUGAAAAGAUUGAAUCUACUUUGAGUGGCACUCUAGUUGUUCUGACUACGGUUGUUAAUGGAGUUACUAUGACUACAACUUAUUGUCCAGAACCAUCUGCAACUUCUGAAACAAGUAUGACUGCUAUCAUUGGACAUAGUUCUAUUGAAUCUGUUUAUUCAAAGAACCAACAAGAAGAGACUAACUCAUUUACUACUGCUACAAAUGUGACUCCAGUUAUUUCUGUUACUUCUACCACCCCUGGUCCAGCAUUUACCAAUGGUAAAAAUCACCCAACAUCUAGAAACUCUAGAACAUCUACCACUGUAAUCGGUAAUAAUGAGUCUAGAAGAUCAGAAACAUCGAUGCCUUUAAUGGUGCCACAAGUUUCCCAAUAUGUUUCUGAACAGCCAUCCUCAUCAUCAAUUGCUAUCACAGUACCUCAUGAAGGUGUACCUUCUCUUGUAUCAUAUGAAGGUAAAGGUAGCACCAUGUAUAUGAUGAAGUGGAGUGUUGCCCAUUGCAUUGGUUUAUUAUUAUUCAUGGUAAUUUAA